GGCACUAUUGUUGAUGAGGCGCACGGAGGCUGCGGGCACAGCGGCGCGGAGGGGACGGGACCGGGACGGCACCGGGAACCAGAACCAGGACGGGGCUGCGGCUGCCGCCGCCGCCUGAGGCGUUGGACCUCGUGAGGUGCGGCCCGUGCCUCGCAUUCUUCCCUCCCUUCCCCGCCUCAGGCCGCCUUCCGCGAGCCCCGGCUCCCGACGGACAAUGUCCCACCAGCGCGUGAGGCGCGGCGGUUCCCCGACCCCCGCCACCUCCCUGGCGGGGGGAGGCGGCGCGGCGGCGGCGGGCGGCGGAGCAGCGGGAGCGAGCAGCCGCCUCCAGCCCAUGCGGGCCACGGUGCCCUUCCAGCUCAAGCAGCAGCAGCAGCAACAACAUGGCAGCCCCACGAGGAGCAGUGGCGGCCCGGGAGCGGGGCUCCCACGCGCGGCGCCCCCCGGCUCCGGCGGGCGCGGCGGCUCCGCCACGGCCCCGCCGGGGGGAGCGGGGAGCGGCGGCGGCGCCUCCUCCUCGCGGGGCAGCCCCACGCGUGGCCAUGGUGGAGCCCGGGGCAGCCCCCCGCGGCACCACCACCUGCCGCCGCCGCCCCCGCCGCCGCCGCCGGGCUGCGGGCCCUCGCCCUGCUCCUCGCCGGUACCUCCGCUGCCGGAGGGCAGGGUCCGGCACCACCACCGGCGGCAGUCGCCGGAGCCGGGCAGGAGCUCCCCAGAAAGGAAGAGUCCCAGCUCCCCUGUCUGCAAAGACAAAUCAAGACCACCUUCAUCAAGCCCUUCCAGUAUUGUUCGCCGGACGUCUUCACUGGAUACGCUUGCUGCUCCAUACCUUGCUGGGCAGUGGCCUCGGGAUAAUCAUGGACAAGCUGCUCCCUGUAUGAGAGACAAAGCCACACAGACAGAAAGUGCCUGGGCUGAAGAAUAUUUAGAAAAGAAGAGAAGCUCACACAAACGUUCAUCAUCAUGGGGCAGCAAUGAACAACUAAAGGAGAUUGCAAAAUUGCGUCAACAGCUGCAGAGAAGCAAACACAGCAGCAGGCACCAUCGGGACAAGGAAAGACAUUCUCCUUUUCAUGGCAACCAUGCAGCCAUUAACCACAGUCAGGCUCCCAUCCCAAAGAGUGCUCUUGUUCCUGUGAUUCCUAUUACCAAAUCAACGGGGUCACGAUUCCGAAACAGUGUAGAAGGCUUGAAUCAGGAGAUUGAGAUAAUAAUAAAGGAGACAGGAGACAAAGAGGAACAACUUGUUCCUCAAGAUAUUCCGGAUGGGCACCGUGCUCCACCCCCAUUGGUGCAGCGCAGCAGCAGCACUCGCAGCAUUGAUACACAAACACCCGGUGGAGCAGACAAGGGCAGUAACAACAGCAGCCGCUCCCAGUCAGUAUCUCCAACCUCAUUUCUCACCAUCUGUAAUGAAGGCAGUGAGGAAAGUCCAUGUUCUGCAGAUGAUCUGCUUGGUGAUUCCAGAGAUAAAGAAAAUGGGAAUAAUUCUCCCUUGCCAAAAUAUGCUACCUCGCCAAAACCCAACAACAGCUACAUGUUCAAGCGUGAACCUCCUGAGGGCUGUGAAAAGGUGAAAGUCUUUGAGGAAAACUUGCCAAAGCCAUUGCAUGAAAUUCCGGCCUUCUAUUGCCCUGACAAGAACAAAGUGAAUUUCAUUCCGAAAAGUGGCUCUGCUUUCUGUCUUGUCAGCAUCCUCAAGCCACUUCUUCCCACACAGGAUCUCACACUUAAGGGCACUACACACAGCCUGACUGUCUCCUCCAGCAUGACGCCUGGUUUGUUACAGCCCAUUUCUAUGGCCUCCUUGACUACAAACACAGAUCAAGACAGGAUUUCUCGCGGAACAAGUACAGUAAUACCACAGACCUCUCUGCUCCAGCAGUCAGGAUGUAUUGAGGAAGCUGAAGAAUAAUUUAGAUUGUCUUGACAUUUUUCUGGGCAACUACUGGGGAAAAAUGGAACCAAUUGACUGGACCUUUCUGAUCACACACAUGCUUUGUUUUAACAAUUUAUGGCACUGCCGUAAUCAAACUGUUUGUAUAAUUGACAGUUUGGUAGCACAUUGAGAAGUUCAGGAGGAUGCAGCAGCUGAUAGGCUGUUGUACAUUCUGCUUUUGAAGACUCUGGUUUUGUUUCUCUCCUGCUUUUUUUAAACACUGGUGAAAACAAAGACUAGUCAUAAUCCUUAUCCAUUUAAAGGACCAGUUGUUGUGAUGGUGUGUGUCCUCUGACUUUUUUUUCCCCAUUAAAACAAGUCUCAAGACCAGCCAGCUGAUCCCAUUUACCAUUGUGAUCUGCAGAGGGAGGGGCAAUCAGAUGGUUUUGCAAGAUGUCUUUUGUAUGAAAAUGUGUAUUUUGUAACAAAAUUUUGCCUUUUCUGGUUUGUAGCAGAUGGUGUUUCCUGGUGAUGAUCCCCCUACCCUUUUUUUCCCUUUUUUUUAAUUAAUUUUUUUUAUUUUUCUUUUCUUUUUUUCCUUUGGUAGGGAAGGUUCUUUAAUACUUGGCUGGCUUACAGCUGAUGGGACCAAAGGAUUGCUGGCCUAUUACAGCAGUCUCAAAUUAUGCGACCUUGCUGAACAGCCUCAGACCUAAACAAAGCAAGACAAGUUAAUGCAUUUGAAACUUUUAAAACAGAAGAGUAUGCAAAAACAGUGUUAGUAUGUAGUGUACUUUUUUUUUAUAUCAAAAAUUUGUGCUUCUGGUAAGUCACAAUCUUAAAACUCCUUCCUUCACGAAAUUCCUACUAGUGUUGGUUUAUUGGCUGGAAAAUUACAUUUUAAAGCACUUGCCCUGGUAUUGUUCUAUUUGUCCAUAGAAUUUUUGUGCAGAUGUAGGGAAAAAACAUAUUAUCUUCUUACUCAGUAUUCUUCCUUUCAGAAAAUACUUGGUUCUUACAGGCUUGCUUAGGUCUUUAUGAGUCAGCCUGAAUCAUUAAUCACUCUUGGUACAAAUUUGCUCUGACGUGACUCAUCACUGUAUUAUAGACCGUGGCCACAUAAUACUGAAAUACCUGUGCAUGGUUCCCUCCCUUUUGUCAUAGUGGUGCUUGUGUGUCCGUUGAAGGUGAUGGUUUGUCAGGCAUGAUAUCUGUUAUGCAGAAGUUUACAGCAGCAGAUAUGUUCUCUCUUUUUGACUAGCAGCUUAGGCUGGCAUGUAAAACAGGAUUUUUUUGAUACUUGGUUUGUCCUGAUAAUGUGGCAGUUAACGGUUGCUUUGAAAUUACAAUAAAAGGCAGAAAUGGGGGGGAAAGGCAACUGCAAACAGCAACUGUUCAGGAACUUCACCGAGGUUUCUCGUGUUCCUGGAGUGCAUUACUUGGGUUUGAGUUCAUAGAAUUAAAGAUAUGCAGAAAACUGCAAUGACCUGAAUACUGGUGUUGUAGUCACUUACAAAACAAGUUGAUCUUGUACCUCGUUAACAGAUUCAGUAAUUUCAAAGUUAGUGUCAGUGGGCAGUGUCUGGGUCUGAAUAUUGGUCUGUUACACACAAACAGGUCUCACUGGCUUGCAUAUACACAACCUGUAUUUACAUAGCUUCCAUGGAUCAGUUGUAUUCUCAGGUCUCCUCGUAAUGGCAACUAUUUAAAGACGAUCCUGCAAAUAUAACAGUCUUGUUCAGUGCUUAAUAUGAUGAAUUUGCUUGCAAACGUUUCAUUUGAGAGAACAAACCCCCUGCAUAUGUGUGCAGAUAAUAAUCAUAAUUUUGAUGCAUAUUUGCUGUUCCUUUAAAUCCUUUAUUAGUAACUGCGAUUGCAUGUACUUUAUUCAGCAAGUGUAAAUCAUACUAGAAUGUGCAGGUUCUCUAUUCAUAGUAUUCUGAAAACAUAAUGCAAAAAAAAAAUCGAUAAAUUAAAAUUGUACCAGGAGGUAUGAAAAGUAUUUCACCUAUUAAAUUAGCAAAUAAGUGUAAUUUGGUUUACUAUCUAUCUUCCCAUGAAAAUGGACAGGAUUUUGAUUUGCACUGACAUUAUCAGUCAUCUGGAGUUGUUGAGGAACAGAGUUUUAAAAAUAAGCAGCUUUGUGCAUCAAACUUGUGUAAUUUUGCCAGUUGAUAGUUCUUUUCUGAGCUUUGUGGAUAUUAAUUUGUUUCUUCUGAAACACUACAGUGCAAUUUGAAGUCUAAAAUGAACUGCUUUAGAUAGGUUUGUUUAAACCUGGUGUGACUGAAUCCAGAUCAUAUUCAGGUGGAGGAAGUGCUUUUAAGUCUGUUUUCUAUUUCUGUAACAGUAGCAUGUAAAGAACUUCAUUGUUGCCAAACUGCCUAGUGCUUUAUUAGGAGAUCUUAACUGAAUGGUUAAGAGCCAUUAAGAAGGGCUAAAGUUAACAAAUAGCCUUUAUUACAGCCUUGACACUUAACUGACUUCACCAAAAUGCAUUCUGAUGUUUGUUUUCAUCACAGUGUGACUCUCCCAAACAGCAGUGGGCUUUCUAACCUUAGGACUUUCUUUUGCACCUGUUGUUGUAGUACUUCGAGUAUCUCUCUUGUAGUUUACCUUGUAUGUUAUUGGACAAUGUACUGUACAAAUUAGUGAGCUGCUCUGAUAAAAACCAAAUGUAAAUGUGUGAAGUUUUUGCUUUUUAUAAAAAAAAACUGCAUUCAGGACAACAUUCAGUCUUUUUUAUAUGCAGGACAACUCUACUAUUGCUGUGGCAGCUCAAGUUUAUUAUGAAUCCACACUAAAAACUCAGAGUUAAGAAAAUAUGACAGCUCUUGUUCUGAGACCAGCUUUGAUGUGUGCAGACAAAAAUUAGCCUUAAAUUUUUUAUGUGCUGUCUUGUGCCAUCGCAUAGCUGUUAGCUAAAGUAUUUAAAUCUAUUUGCAAAUAGCUUUGAGAGUGCAUGGAGCUUUUUAAAGAUUCUUUUAUGUAUAGAGUGGGAUGUUAAUUUGUUGGGGGAGCUGACCUGUGCAUUACACAAGCACAGUUUUACUGAAAGAGUUCGAAUUCUUUUGGCUUACUGAAAAUCCUAACUAUGCAUAGACCUAGUCAGUUCCUUGAUUGCCUACUUUGUAGCUUAAGAAAAAGUAAAGGUCUAUUUUUAUGCACAACUUGACACAUUUGAUAUUCUUGUUUUCUUGAUGUUCUACACUUCUAGCCACACCGAAAGGCUAGUGGUUGUGUUCAACACUGGCAGUUGAUCUUGAGAUAUACUAAAUGAUGUUUCUCCAGUUGUAAGUUCUACUUCGAUCACAAGGAGGGAGUUCAUUAUCAUGAAGUCCAUGGUGACAAUUGUGAUUAUUAGAAUUGUUUUUUUAAAAAAAAAAAAUUAAAGGCAGAGGAGAAGAGGGGUCCUUUGGUAAAGUUUGACCUGCAUUAGCUAUUCUUUCCUUGCUUGGUGCCAUAAUUCUGUAGUAUUUAAGUACUUGGCAAAGUAACUGACAAUGCUUAAGUACAUAUAUCUUGGAAAGAAAUUCUUGGUUUCAGGUACAUAUCCCAAGUGAGGGGAAAAAAGGAAUGAAAAUUAAAUAUUGCUUACUGUGGAAGUAAAUGAUUGUUGUGUUUGAUUUACGUAAAGCAAUAGAAGCUCUUAUAAAGUAUGUUUAGUCUCAGGGCUAUUUUUUGAUUUGUUCUAAAAUACAAUUUCCUGGAAUUCAGAGUCUGAGACUGUUGAAAAACACUGAGGCUGAGCUUUUUGGGAAGAAGGAAGCAAAGUCAUAUCCAUUAACCUUUUCCUCUGCCUCAGGCUGAACAUCUUGUUGCUGAUUAAGAGAAUUCAGUAGUAUCACAGUAAUUCCUUGGUGAAUUCUGUGAAACCUUCUCUCUCUGCCAUCUCUAAAAUGCUGACUGAUAUCUUCACAGAAACCCAGUGAUGUCCAUAUUUCCUUGCUAAAUGUUUCCUUGCUGAGUACUUGACAGCUUCUUCAUCAAACUGUGAGGGCAGAGGAUGUGUAGGCAGUUGCCAGAGACUUGCAGUUAGAGAGAUUGUUCCUGCAGGGUGACUUCUUGGGUCAUGAUUUCCAUUUGACUCAUUGUGUGCAUGCACACAUACAGUCUGGAUAGGUCUGCUUCUUCUAUCUGUGUACUUGGAGGCAGAGCUGGUAUUUUUGAGAACCUUUUACUAUUUUUUUCAUAUGUACAGACUUGCAGAGCUGUUCCCUUCCAGAACUGAUGCAUACUUACAGGCAUCUCUAAAGCAAAGAUUGUAUGUUGGUCUUACUUGUCCUCAUGAGAUUCAUAUAAGCUGCAAAAAGGAAAUAAAAUCACCCAAACACUUGAGAACAUCAGGACUUUGCUUUCUCCAUGUAAUUCCGUAGUUCAGGUCUGCGCUCUUCAUUAGAUGACUUAGACGUGAGCCAUGUUGAUAUAUGUUAAACCAACAAUGUUUGCUCUUAGGAAAGGCAAUAGAAGUUAAGCCCUUCAUAACCUAGGGAGGUGAAAAGCACUGGGGAACAAUUGGUUUUACUCUGAUCAAAGAAUUCUUGUGGAAUUGUUUUUCUGAAUAUGGGUGUACAGGAAAACAAAGUGACUAAUCACUGCAAGAUGUACCUGUGUAUUUCCUUGAUGUGAGUUUGUGAGCAUUCAGAAACUCUGGAAAUCAGUUCUGCUCUUAGUGUUCUGUUUAUACAAAGAAUUACUUAGAUGCAUUGUUUGGAAACUGUUACUUUGUAGGUCAAGUGGGGAGAGAAUGUUAACCAUUCACAAGUUUUCAGUGAAAUUCCAGUUCUGUACCCCAGCUGAACCACAAUGGUUUCUUUCUGAAUGCUCCAAACGUAAAUGGAAUCCUGUUACUGCUUGCUUGGUUUCAUUGCAUGUCAUCAGUAAAUACUUAAGGUAUGGUCUUUGUUUAAUAGCUGUUCAUUGGGAUUUGUAUUUGACUACAGAGACUUCUGUAGUGUUGACAGGUCUAUCUGAAUAGCAGAAGAGGACUUGGCCUGAUAACACUGCAAAUUAACAUUUAUUACACAAACUCUUCAAACAACUCCCUUUGGAAAAUCUACUAAGCUAAAAAAAGAAAACAACCCCCUUCUGAACACAUCAUCCAUCCUAAUUGUCCAUGUAUUGAUAGUUAAGAACAUAGCUUGGCUUCAUUCUAAGUUAUUUCCUAUCUUGAAAUGUGCAAUUUGAGAGGGCAGCAGUCAAGGGAUGUUCAAAACUGCCAUUAGAUUUGCCUUUGUAUGAAAUUGGCUGACAUGUUUUCCUCUGUUACACUGUGAUAACUUGUGGACAUGUUCUUGCUUAUGUUGUACUGAUAGGUUACUUGUUGCAUGUAAAGCAAUUUUUGUAAGCAAGGGGAAUUCCAGGGAUGUUCUGCAAAAAAGGGCCUAUUCCGAGGUGAUGUACACUGUUGUAAAACUGGAGCAGCUCAACUAAUUUCAGUGGAAUUCUUGAUUUACACUAGUCUUUUUGCUAUGUGUAGUUAUGCCAGUACAAUUUUGCACAAUGUUAUUUGAAUAUUGCAUUCUGAUUUGUAAACUGUUUCUACUGAAAACAGUGAGAAUUUUACAAACUGCAAUAGCGGAAUGUUUUUGGCCUUUUUUUUUUGUUUUUGCCUAAAAUAAAAAGUUGUCACUUCAAGCUA